AUGGAGCCGGUGAUUCGUCCAGGCCCAGUUGAUCCAUCUGUUCUACGGUUGCAGACUUCCCAUAGGAGCCACGAUGUUUGGAGUGGCGUAGUCGAUAGAGUUCUCUCAGUUAGGGAGCAUAUGGUCAGCGUGGGACGUGAGUGGAGGGUAGAGGGCGGAGUACUAGAGUACGUUAGGCUUGCUGGGUUUUACGGUGUACAUAGGAUUUUGGGAGGAGGGUUUUUGCUUGAUCGAUCUCUUCUUACGGCGUUGGUUGAGAGGUGGAGGCAGGAGACACAUACUUUCCACCUAGUGGUAGGUGAGGCCACCAUUACUUUACAGGAUGUCGCCGUCCUGUUAGGUCUGAGAGUGCACGGCCCUCCUGUCAUUGGACCUCCAUUUGAGGGAUGGCAUGACCUAGUUGAGGAGUUGCUGGGAGUUCGACCUGGCCAUGAUGAUAACGGUAAGCCGUUUCUGGAGGGAUCUACUUUGAAGUUGACGUGGCUCAGACGUCACUUAUCACAGAUGCCAGAGGGAGCUGAUGACUUGACAGUUCAGCGCCAUGGCCGUGCUUACAUUCUCACUCUCAUGGGAUUCUACUGGGAGACAGCUUCGACCUACAGCUGGGGGAGUGCGACUCUUGUUUUUUUGUACCGGCAGCUAUGUCGAGCAUGUCAGCGAGAUUCGAGACAGAUUGGAGGCCCACUCAUCCUACUACAGUUGUGGUCGUGGGAGCAUAUUACUAUUGGCCGACCAUACAUUAGGAGGCCUCGAGAUCCGCCACAGGAGGACCCUGAGGAUGAGGAUGAGGAUGACAUUUUGGGGACUCAGCAUCAGCGAGGUGUUGACCCUUUGGCGUGCAGGUGGUUACGUGUCCAUCUAUGGUGUGCGCAUACUGCUUCUGGACUACCAUACUACAGAGAUGCGUUUGACCAUCAGCGCGAGGACCAGAUGAUUUGGCAGCCAUAUACUGAGGCGGUGAUGGAUCGACUUCCGGAGAUUUAUCGCUCAGACAUGCACAUUUGGCGUACACGGGCACCUCUAAUAUGCUUUGACGUCGUUGAGUUCCACCUCCGAGACCGAGUCCUUCGUCAGUUCGGGUUAGACCAGCCGAUCCCACAGGAUGUAGACACGGACGUUGCUCUACACAGGAAGGAUCAAAGGGGACAGCGUAAUUGGGAGAUUCGGCAUUCGGACCAUGUACACGAGUGGAGUCGACGAGAGGCAUUAGUCGUCCAGGGAUACCCGUUCACUGGGACUUCUUCCCCGGCCAUGACAGAGUACAUGGCUUGGUACCGUCGCAUCACGAGACUGGUCAUUACUCCACCUUCGCAGGAGCGCCCCCCGAGUCAUUACCAGCCAGCUACCUCUGACCUCUUGCUUGUAUGAACUUCACUUCAUUUC